AUGGAGGUGUUUAUUGAAUAUGUCAAAGAGUAUCCUGCGUUGUAUAAUCCAGAGGAUAAAGACUGCCGUGACACAAAUGAAAAAGACGGUUUAUGGAAGAGGAUAGUGGAUGAAAUGAAAAACCCGAACAUAUCAGACAAUAAUGACCGUAAGAUGACACUACAAGUUACAUGUUCCAAAUGUAAGCGUAAGGUUGACCCAAAAAAUACAAUGUUAUGCUCGCUAUGCAGGAAUAACUAUGAAUUUGAUUGCGUCGGAUACUCGGAGAGACUAUACCGCUUAAAAGAUGCAGCAGCUAAAAGUAAAUGGAAGUGCAAAGACUGUAGCCAAAAAUCAAAAGGGACUUCGACACCUUACUCCUCUUUAUCCCACGUAACCACAAGGAAAUAUAAAAUAGGUAAGAAAUCCUACGAAAGCCCUUCUACUUCAAGUGCAAUUUUUAUGCCGACUGAGACGGGACCUUCAGAAAUGGCGCCUGCAAGUGUGUUAGUACAUCUGGACGAUUCACAAACAAUGCAGACAAGCAUUGCUCAACUGAAUGCGUCACCAAUAAAUCAAAUAGACGACCCAAGCACUAACUUUAUCCCACGAUUCCAACGAACCUGA